AUGGCGGCUAUUAUGCCGGAAGACCAGCUCAUCGAGCUUUUAUUGCAGCUCAAAAAGACGACCCCCGACCAGGCUCGCGCCAUCCUCAACUCCCAGCCUCAGAUCGCGUUCGGUCUGGUAGAGCUCAUGCAUAGAAUGGGCGCAAUAAAGCCCGAGACGCUACAAGCGACGCUGGCAGCCCAGCAAUUAGCAAACGCGCCGGCACCCGCGCCGGUACCGGUAGCUGUGGCCCCGCCUCACCAACCCACACCGCCGCCAGUAGCGGCAGGAUACGCGGCCUAUAACAAUCCGCCGCAACCUCCCGCACCCGUCGCACCCGCACAGCCUCCACAAGUACAGCUCCCGCCUGCAUUUGAAGCCCUUCCAGAAGAACAGAAAGCGAUGAUUCGUAGCGUGCUCUCCAUGACGCCCGAACAAAUCAAUCUACUGGGUCCCAACGAGCGCGCUGGUAUAAUGCAACUGCGUGCACAACUCGGACUUUGA